CAGGGACUAAAGGUCUAGGCCGUGUUUGGACUUGAUGAUUUGUCGAAGAAAAAACAGAAAACUACACUAGCCGAAACUCAAUGGACGCGGGAAUCCUUCAGCGCUUCGUUAUUCCGUUAAGCCCGCCACGCAACCGUUACGUUUCCCGCCCGCACCAAAUUAGGGUUUCUCUCAAUUCUCAGGGAGGGUAUGAAGCUCCGAAGCCAAAGAGGGAGCUGCUGGCGGAAUGGGUGUCUAAAAACGACGAUUUCGUGCGGAGCUUGCCGAUAUACGUCGGCGGCGCAUCUCUGGCGGCUGUGCUCCUCAAUCGAGCGGUUUCGGGCAUUGCUCCUGUUGCUGACGCUAGCAGUUCACAGUCUAGAGCAGAUCUGUUGACACUUGGUUUGGCUGUUACCAAUAUUUUGAAUGGUCUUGUGUGGCUCUCGAUUCGUCCAAAAACUAUUUCUGUGGUAGAUCCCAAUGGGGUGGAAUGUCAAAGAAUUUAUCAUGGCCUUCCUGAAUCUGUUACCUCAGAGUUACUCUGGGCAUGGGAGUCUAUAUCAGAUGUUACAUGCUGCAGAUCCCUCAUUGUAGUGUAUGAUGGCAUCUGCAUUUUGCAAAUAGGGUUUGCUGAUGUCUUGCAACCAAAUGGAGAUGAACCCACGGUUGUAGAUGCUAACAAACUGAUCCAAGGAUCCCUUUAUAAGGGAGUUUUGAGAUCUGGAUCUCAAAGUUAUUUGGCCAAUUUGUCACUGUAUCCUGGGAAGACUGAGCUUCCGUUUUUACCUUCAAAUACACAGGCUGUUAUCAUGCAACCACUUGGCGAUAAAGGAAUUGCAAUAGUUGGCGGUGACACAAUUAGGGGAUUUACUACUUCAGACCAGGCAUGGAUCACGUUAAUUGGAGAGAAGUUAGAAGCUACACUUGCAAAAGCUGUAAAUAAAAUUCCAUUGAUGGUGCAAGAGAAGAGUUAAGCAAUCAAUUGCAAUCGAAUUCCUGGUCAACUAAUGAUGAAUCACAGUCAAUGGUAACAACACAUUAGUUAAUUUAUUUGUACAGUAACUCCUGUGUUUAGUUAUUAAUUCCUUUAGCCACAUUUUUCCGCUCAAUUGUUUGAAGCGUAGUUUUAACUCCUUUGCAUAAUUGCCUUCAUAACGUGUGAAGUUGUAACAUUGUCGUGUUUGCUGAUAAAUAAAUGCAAAAUAGCUCUGCAAAAUAAGAUUUUUAUGGUAACUUUAUUAAUGAUCCAUGAUAAUAUUUUGAUGAUAUUCCUUGGGGAUAAUUGUAGGCUAAUAGUCUCUGACUAAAUGCUAAAAGCCCGGCAUCUCAUUCUGUCGUUCCAGCAACGCGAGAGUCCAUUUUAUUGGUUGAGCCCUACAAUGUAGAAGAGCUUGUCUGCCUCGCCCCUCAAAUCCAUGGUUACAUUUUGUUGUUUCUAUUCUGCAACUUCAUUUGAAUGUCACAUCUUCUAAUGUCUUACCAUAAAUUUCUACAUAUAUGUUAAUGGAAAACGAUUUUGUCACACAUUGUUUUACUUGUAAACGAUUCAUUCAAUAACGCUGCUGAGGAGUUGAAUCAGUGGAUCCAUUCAAUAAGAAAGCUAUAGUUUAAGUCA